AUGGCGCCUCUCAUCUUCUCAGACGCUCCCACCCGCCUUCCCUCCCACCGCGGUCGGGGUGAGGGAGAGCUUAUAACGGUAUCGGCUAAAAGAGCCUUGUUGCUUCACCCCCUCUUUGACGGAUAUCGUCUGAUCGACGUCCCUACCUUGCACUUUGGAACACGCCUAUUCCCCCUACUCGAACUCAUACUUGGCUCUACCAACCUUGUCCUGGAGAAGAAGCUCAGCGUCUUGGAAGUCUCGGGGGAGGUAACCCAAUACGUCGUUUAUCAUCAUGAACAAUCUGCAAGAGCCCCUGUUAACCAGACUGUAUCGGCAAUGCUUACGGAAAGUAUCUGGCGAGGACCAAUCCUGGUCAUGAAGGUCGCUCCCGGCUUCGACUUCCUUCCCAUCUCGGACUCUGUCCCCGAGAUUCAACAUGUGAAGUUCGUGUUGGAAAGAUUCCUCCUCGAUGCCACUGGCACGAUCCCGGCCACCGAUGUCGCCUUUGUACCAGAAUCAAACGCUGGACGAAGUGAAUUGGACCCAGAAGCGACGUUUGAAGUACAGGCGCUCGAAGUCGACAUGCAGAGCGAAUGGGACCUUUCCUACUUCUCAGAUACUAGCGAUGAAAAUGCAGCCUCCGAUGAAGAGAUGUCCUUCGUUGAGCACGAGGAGUCCUCGGAUGCUUCGCCUCACGAUGUAGCCAUCGUUAUUAAUGAGGUUUCUACCAUGGGACCGGCUAGGGGUCUCAAACGCGGCUUUCAAGAGAUUGAAGGCCCUUCCAGUCCCCCCGCCGCCAUCCGAACUCGCUCCCUCGAUGCAGCCGUCCUCAUGUCUGAAGAACUGGACCGCUCCGUAUCAUACCCGGAAGAGCUAUGUCGACCAAGGGUUCUCCUCCAGGUUGCGAGUUCGAUGAUCUUUGAGACUCUCGUCAUGUCGAGAUGGCUCCAGCUGUGGUACAGUAACGCGUAUUACAGAUCUGUACUCAGCGGGACUAUCAUCGUCCUCUUCGCAACCAUGGGUAUAUGCAUAUUCGAAAUUAUCCAGGACCCUUGUCCCAUCAGAGACGACAUGAUCUAUUACCAGUGGACCAACGUUGUCGUAACCGGGUUGCUCAGUGGAAUGAUUGUCGUACGAUCCCUUUGGAUGAGGGCUCAAAUCCAUCGAAACCCGACGUAUGGAUCUGUUUUGAACCCGGACUCUUACCCAGUCAUUUCCAUGCUUAUUGACUCCGGGAUCGAGUUUCCCGUACAUGCAUUAAUAAACCGCCUCAUACCAUUCCACCCAUUACAAGCUGCCCUCGUCCAGGUUGCGGCAGUCAGUGCAAGUCGGAUCAUUCUACAAACUGUUCUUGGUCGAAAUCCGAGAAGUCUGGACGAAAUUGCCCGCCAGAACAUAUCCACGACCCCGGUACUCGACACGUUGUUUGAAAGUACGGGCUCUCUAGCGAUACCAAGCCACGGCUCCGACGUCCAAGCCACACAACGGGAAUAG